ACCAGUAAAGGACAGUUUACUGCCUGAUUUGUCAGAUCUCAUAAAACUAGAUACUGUUAUCAAAGAUAAUAUAAAUGAAAAACCUCCAGUUAAGACUACUUUAGAUUGGAAUAAUUAUCAUCGUUUGGAAGUUAUUCACUCGUUUAUGAACAACUUGGAAUAUGACUAUCCUUCUAUUUGUACAACGAGAGUAAUCGGUCAAUCGCUUGAAGGAAGAGAUUUAAAGAUUCUAAAGAUAUCAAAUAGUGACGCCGGUAACGCAGCGGUGUGGUUGGACGCGGGAAUACACGCGCGAGAAUGGAUUGCACCAGCUGUUGCUAAAUACAUCGCUGACUACAUAUCUAAAAACUUCGAGAAUCUUCCGUCUAGUUUUACUAACAAAGACUGGUAUUUCCUACCCGUGAUGAAUCCAGAUGGAUACGAAUAUUCUCACAUCAAAGAGAGGUUGUGGAGAAAGAACAAAGCUUGGCACGGAGGCCAGUGCGUUGGAGUAGACUUGAAUAGAAACUUCAGUUAUGGUUGGGGCGGUAAGGGAUCCUCAAACGUGCCCACUAAUGCAUUUUACAGAGGUCCUGAACCAUUCUCGGAACCAGAAUCGUCUGCAGUAAGAGACAUAUUAUCUAACUAUAGCAUACCUUUCAAAGUAUACAUAACACUUCAUAGUUACGGACAAGUCAUACUAUUUCCCUUCGCAUUUAAAGAUGAACUGUGUCAUGAUUACAUUCGCUUACUCGAAGGGGCCACCGUUAUGGCAAAGGCAAUUCAUGAAUGCAAUGGCAAUACUUAUAAGGUUGGCAUUUCUCGAGAUGUAAUGUACGGGGCUGCCGGUACCAGUAAUGAUUGGAGCUACGGGGCCGUCGGUAUACCAUACUGUUAUCUUAUAGAGCUAAGAAGUAAACAACAUAAGUUUAAACUCCCUAAUGAAGAAAUAAAAGAAACUGCCAAUGAAAUUUUGAAUUGUGUUAAAGCUUUAAUGGAAUUUGUGGAUAUACGUUAUUUUUGUAUUAUUUUACCCAUUUUACGAUAUCCCGUCAAAGUGGCGCAUCUAAAAAAUGUAACGCAAGUGUGGGAAGUGAAAGUUAUUAAGGAAGGUCAGAGAUGUUUUGUGAAAUCAUUGGACACCACAGGAGCAAUUAAUAUUUGGAAAGAAGAGCAUAGUACAAUGGAUGUAAUGGUGGAGGGAUCUAGAGCGGCACAAGUAUCUGGGAUGCUGCAUGAAAGAGAUAUCCCAUUUUCUGUGGCCAUUGGAGAUGUUAGUGCGAUGGUUGACCGCGAACAGGGUGAAACUUUUAGAAGAAAUUCAGUCGGCAUUCGUCCUAUUAUGGAUUGGAAACAUUACCAUCGUUUGGACGUCAUAUACGCGUUCUUGGAAACUUUAGCUGCAGAGUAUCCAUACCUUUGUACGGUGACUACUAUUGGAAAUUCAGCUGAAGGCCGAGAUAUUAAGAUGCUGAAGAUUUCAAAUGGCAAUGACGACAACACAGGUGUGUGGUUGGACGGAUCAAUUCACCCCCGCGAAUGGAUCACCACGGCUGUAGUUACGUACAUAGCAGACCAACUUACUAGGACCUAUCAAAGUCAACCUGUCAGUAUCACUAACAAAGACUGGUAUAUAGUACCUGUACUGAACCCAGAUGGUUACGAGUACACGCACACGCAUGACCGCAUGUGGCGGAAAAACAGAGCCAAGUACGGGGAGUGUAUUGGCGUUGAUCUAAAUAGAAAUUUCAGCUAUGGUUGGGGCGAGAAAGAUGAAGAGGGAUCAUCAGAGGAUCCUGGAAAUAUUUUCUUCAGAGGUUCUAAACCAUUUUCUGAACCUGAAACAGACGCUGUUAGGCGGACAAUUACAGAAUCGGGGGCAACAUUCAAAGCAUUCCUGUCAUUCCAUAGCUAUGGAGAGGUGAUAAUCUUCCCAUGGGGUUACACAGGCGAUCCCUGUCCUGAUUAUGUGGAACUGCUUGAAGGCGGCACAGCAAUGGCCAAAGCCAUCAAAGAAACUAGUGGUCAUACUUACAAAGUCGGCAGCACCAAAGACCUCAUGUACUUUGCAGCCGGUACUAGCACAGACUGGAGUUAUGCUGUCGCCAACAUACCUUACUCAUAUAUGAUAGAGUUGAGAGGAAAGAAACAUAGGUUCCUCUUACCCAAAGAAGAAAUUAUUUCUACUUCUCUCGAAGUCUUCAACGGUGUUUUAAGGCUGAUGGAAUUUAUUGAUACAAGGUGUAUAAGUUCACAAUCAUGUGUAUGCCCAAAAUGAUGUUUCAACGUUUAUUUGGAAAUAAAUAUAUAUAGGGCAUCUAUAUAUGUAAGUAUAUUUAAAUAUCAGAAAUCCAUUAAAAACAGUAACAUUUUAUUAUUCACGCACGAGAUUUUCAAUUGUUCUGGCGCGAAGUAGUAUAGACAAAAUCUUUUUAUUAUUGUUUAUGAUAUCCUUUUUAUUUAUUAUCCCAAAAAUAUACCUAAUAUAAAUCAU